AUGAGUAGUUCUUCUGCUCAAAUCGAAGACAUUUGGGAUAGUAUUGAACAAAUCUAUCCUAAGGUUCAAUUAAAGAUACCCAAUUUCAUAACUAUAGAUAAAACAGAAUCAGCAUUCUUUGAUUAUUUCACAGAUUUCAGUUUUGUAGAGGACACUAAAAAGAUUUAUAAUAAAUAUAGAGAUAAUCGUAAAACGGUCUGGUUCCCGUUAAUUAAUUUGGUUAAGCAUAAGCAUGUCUCUUUUGUCGAUUUACAAGAGAUUCAAGAAUUUUAUGUAAAUCUAUUUGAAAUACCAAUAGACUUAAAUAUUAGAAAUAUUAAAAAUGAACUUUAUACUAUAGGAAUUACCAUGCCAUUACGUAAAUUUGAUGUUGAGAUCGAUACUAUAACAGCUAGAAUGAUUAAUGAGUUAAAGGAGAAGUAUCCACACCCAGAGGGUAUUUUUACUUUGAGAUUGGGAACUUUGAAAAUGGUUAAGAAAAGCAAUGACCGUUAUUUUGUUGAUACACCCCAAACAAAAUUGGAUGAUAAGAGAGAAGAUGAGAUAACCAAAGCAGUUUUUAAUCAAUUACGUCCUAUAUUGGCUAAUAGCACCUUUAUGAGCCCAGAUGAAGUGUUGAAAAAGUGGCAUAUUGCUUAUAGUUGGGGGUUCCCUUAUCGGUUUGUUGAUGGUAAUGAAAAUACAUUCAGGAGGAAGAUGAUACAUAAGAUGGGUGGUAGACAGGUUUUCCUUAAAAAGAUUAAACAAUAUUUAGAAGGUGAGGUAGCAAUACCAAGUGUAAGUCAUGUUUUCCUAAAAGAUGAAGUGUUGAAACUAUCAAAGGUGCAAAUUGAGAAGAAGAUAAGAAGCAUUAUAGCAAUGGAUCCCCUGACAUACUUUAACGGAAUACUUGUUAAUAGCCAUCAAAACAAGAAUUUCGAUCCAAUGAAUGGCUGUGCCAUAGGUAUGUCAAGUGCAUAUGCAAUUCCGCCGUUAAUUUUUGAACAGCACAGAUCAUAUAAAGUGCAUUUACAAAUGGAUAUAACAGCAAUGGAUUUAACGAUGAGCUAUAACUAUAUGAGGAUGUUAAUGAAAAUUAGAAUGAUGGGAUAUGAGAAUCAUCCUCAGAGAGAUCGUGUUGAAAUGAUGAUGAAGACUUACUAUGACAAUUUGUAUAAUAGUUACCUUUGGACCCUUUAUGAUGGCGAAGUUAAAAUAAAACAUCGGGGGCAUUCAACCGGGCAAAGUACGGUAAAUCCAGACAAUACCAUUUAUUGUUUGACAUUAUUUGUGGAGGCAUGGAGAGAGUUGACAGGCAUGCCUGCCAAUGAUUUUUUCAAAUUUAAUAAGAUAACUACAUAUGGUGAUAAUAAUGUAUUGAGCAGUAAUUGCUUUAAUGACAAGUGGAAUGAGAAUACUCUUUGUGAAUACUUUGCCAAAAAGGGGGUAAGCCUUCGUCUUGAGAAUAAAUCUGAAGGAUUAGAAGGUGUUGAAUUUUUGAGUAAGAUUUAUAGUGAUAGUGAGAAACAACUUGAAGAAGUGUUGAAGUAUGUAUCUGAUUAUGAAUGCAAAACAGAAGUACCUCUAACCGCAGAAGAAGCUACCCCUGCAGAAGUGACUACGGAAUUCGAAACCCAUUCUAGUACCAAUGACCUUACUUUAUUG